UAUUCCUUUCAGCUUGUCCCGUGAGAGGUUGCCACAGUGUGUCAUCUUUUUUCCAUCUAAACUUAUCUCGUGCACCUUCCUCUUAACGCCCACUGUCCUCAUGUCCUCCCUCACAACAUCCGUCAACCUUUUCUGUGGUCUUCCUCUCGCUCUUUUGUCUGGCAGAUCUAUCCUCAGCACCCUUCUACCAAUAUACUUCCACCACCUGAUUCUCUGCUCUACCUCUGUCUUCUUAAUCUUCCUACCCAGUACCAGAGUCAUUUUACACAUGCUAUGCUGUCGAGCCACACUCUCCCCCACUACUACUGUACAGUCUGUAACCUUCAGAUUACAUCGUCUGCGCAAAAUAUAAUCCAACUGCAUGCUUCUACCUCCACUCUUAAAUCACUCCAUGUUCCUGUCUCUUCUGGAAUUAAGUGUUCACCACUGCCAAUUUCAUCCUUUUUGUGAAGUCCACCACCAUCUCGCCCUCAAAGUUCUUUUGCUGAAUGCCGUACUUACCCAUUUCUUCUUCAUUGCCCCUGUUUCCUUCGCCAACAUGUCCAUUGAAAACUGCGGCAAUCACAACUCUCUCUCUGGGGUGGUCAGGACUACUACCUCUAGUUCCUUGCAGAAUUUCUCUUUCAACUCGAGGUCACAUCCUACCUGUGGGGCAUAGCUGCUAAUCACAAUUUAUACAAUACCCUCAAUUUCAAAUUUCAGCCUCAUCACUCUGACUCUUUUAACCUCCAAGACAUUCCUAGCCAGUUAUACCUUUAAAAUAACCCCUACUCCAUUUCUCUUCCCAUCUACUCCAUGGUAAAAUAAUUUAAACCCUCCUCUUAAGUUUCUAGACUUACUCCCUUUCACUUGCUCUCUUGGAUGCACAACAUAUUAACCUCUGAAUUAUCAUGUCAACAGACUCCUGAGCUUUUCCUGUCAUAGUCCCAACAUUCAAAGUCCCUAACACAGCUGUAGGGUCUUUGCAUGCCUCUUCUUUGUCUGCCAACUAAGCUGCUUUCCUUCUCUUUUUUGUCUUUGACCUACAUUAUCAGAAUUUCUCCCUACGCCUUUCAGAUUAACAGUGCCGGGGGCGUGCGUAGUUAGCCUGGCCCACUACCUAUCCAUUAUGGAAUUCGUUUGAUGAACGCUCCUAUAUGUUUGGUAUAGAAUUACGCCAGAUGCCCUUCCUGUCGCAACCCCUCCACAUUUAUCCGGACUUUGGACAGGCCUACAGGACGCCCAGGAAUUGUGGCCCCCUGCGGGCUGCAGAUAGUCAAAACAAGCAAUCAAAUAAAGCCAGCACAAGAUACACAAUUCACAUAUUACCAUAUCUAUGUUAAAGUUAAAGACAGAUAAAAGCAAUCAAACACAGUCAGCACAUAAGAUACACAAAUCACACCUGCGUAAAAAUAUAAAGGAUAUGGUGAUUUAAAGCAUAUGUGGAUGGAAGGGAUUCAAACCACAAUGGCCCUCACUCUAGUAGUUGAAGGUUGAGUCCUGUAGGGAUUUGCGAGUUUGGACCUAACGCGUGUUCACGAAUCAAGGAAGAUAUGACCAAUGAUUAGGAAAAGUUAACAGCAAAUGGAUUUAUUACAAAGGACUGUUCAGUAGAGACAUCCGAGUCUUAUCUAGGUAUCUGCCGCACACAAGACCUGUGUCUUCUGGCAGGGUAGCCACAGAAGAAGAGCUGCCCAGUAACACAAGGUUUUUAUAUGUAUGGGUACAUAGUAAGAGGCUGAUCCCCCGCCCCCCCAAAGCAUGUCUGGUCCUGGCACCAGCCAGUUUUCUGUGUACAAAGAUCAAGGACAACCACCGGCUCCACAACACAUCCUUGUCUGAUUAGCAAAUGGGCAACACUUUAUCCGUUGAUUAAAUGUAUAAGGUCAUAAUUAAGCAAAUAAUGAAAGUGCAAUAAAAGUAAAAUAGUCUUCAGUCCGCGUUCGAUAUUUGGUCCUAGUUGUAUAUUCCCUGUAGGUAAUGUUGUUAGCGCGCUAGGCUAACUUGGGCCAAGCAGCUUCCAACACGAACGAUACAGCAGCAAUUUGUGUCCUAAGAUGUACUAAGAUAAGACUUGUUAAAUUUCCUAUAAGACCUCACGGCUCUUAUUGAACAAGUGAUGAAGUUACUUACUUUUGAUGUUUCUUCAACAGCACGGUUUGAUCACAAAUGCGUGUCGUUAGUCAGUUAAGCUAAGGUGGUCUGGGCCUAUAAGCAAGUUUAAGUUGUUUCUACUUGCCCAACUUCCCUUGCCCUACAUACAUAAGUACUCACGAUCCUUGUAAACGAAACAUGUUUUGCCGCUCGUGUAAGUACUAACAUUUGAUGAUUACUUCCUCAGCAAAUAAUGAUUACAUACAUUUUUUGAUAUAGAGCUAGGCUAGGCUGGGCCGCUCAGCUUCAACGUGAAUAAAUAGGCCUCUAAUUUGGGUACUAAGAGUACACAGAUGAUGGUUUUAGUCCACUGAAGCCGCCACCAGGGGCAUCCCACGUUGGGUAUUAACAACUUUCAGUCCAAAUUCAGCAGGAUUUAUUUUUUGUAUGGUCUUGCAGGUCGGAGCCUCCUCAAUUUCUUGUCACCAGUUCGGGAAUAAUGUGUUACAUUUGUGCAGAGAAAUAAACAGAAAUGGGCAACCAACCUCAGAAUGCAUUUGAAAUGUAACCAUCCCACUCUGCUCCUUCAGUCAAGAGUAAAGGACAUGGAAGGACAUGCGUGGCCUUCCUAACAACUUCCAAUUAGCCUGACUUUGUGCAAAAGUGCAUGGGACAAAAAUGGGAAACGGGACAGAGUUUUUGUUGUAAAUUUACUGUUUGUAAUUUUUGUGGCUGCUUUAUAAACCAACUGGAAACUUGAUUGGCAGUUAAGGUAUUAGGACUCACAUUUUUGUCAAAUGUGAUUGAAAUCAUUCAAGACUCCAUAUUAACAAUUUGAAUUUAAACUGCAUACAGUGCAAGUAAUAUUUAAAAGGGAAAGUGCUCUAAUAGCACAACAGUUUUUAACCUGGACCUAAAAACAUUCACACUUUGGGCUGACAUCACUUCUGUUUGUAAUUUAUUGUUUGUGCAGCAUAAUAGCAAAAUGCACCUGCACCAUGUUUGCUUCUGCAGUCCACUAUUUGGCCUGAGUCAAUUGAUCUCAGAGUGACUGGGUUUAUAUCCCAUUAGCAUUUAUUUCAUGUAGUGAGCACCGAAACUAUUUAGUGAUUAUAUAGAUAAGGAGCAGAACUUUGAAAUCUAUUCUAAAGCUCAUGGAAGCCGGUGAAAAGACUAAAGUGGAGUUUAAACUAGAAUAGAAGUUCUGAAUGCGCUUUACAAAUAAAUUUGCUUUGCUUUGGAGUACUAUGCUCUGACCACUUCUAGUCAGAACCUGAACCAAAGCAUGCUGAGGAAGCUGCAGCUGAUAAAAUGCUCUUUCGGGAGUCCAGACAGAAGGGAAUUUGAGUAGUAAAAUCUACUUGAAAUAGAAGCAUGGAUGUGGUUCUCCUGGUCUCCUUGACACAAGCUUUCACUGUGGAGAUCUUCUUCAAAUGAUAGAAGGCAGUUUUAGUAAUUUGAGAUGGCUGUUAAAAGUCGGGUGGGAAUCUAUCGGAAUAACGAGGUUUUGGACUUGGUCUUUGGUUCUUAAAGGGAAAAUAUAAUGUAAUAGCUGGCAUAUUGGUUAGAAAGUUCACGACCAUAGUGUCAAAAACUUAAUUUAGUUAAUUCGGUUGAGAGUCAAAUGUACCAUUUUUUUUUUUUUAAUAAUUUUGAGGAUGGUAGUUUUAAUGAAAAGCCCAGGUGGACCAUCUUUACAAACGAGAAUAUUACAUAAUCAAUCUCAUGAUCCUGCCGCUCCAGCCCGGGCGGUGCGGGUGCCCGCGCGGUUCCGCUGAUUAGGAGGCGCACACCUGCGCCUCAUGCGGGCUGAUUAUCCUGUGUAUUUAUAUGACUCCGGUGACGACUGGUCCCCGGCAGAUCGUUGAGCUUCAUGUCCCGUUUGAGUACUCCUGUGUCCCUGAUCGACAACCCGUGUGUACUGACCUUUCCCUGUUCUCCAACCAACCCCGUAAGCCUGACUCCUUUGAUACUUCUGCUUGCUUUGAUCGUUCUGCCAUGUACCGACUCCUGCCUGCCCGCUCACCUGCUCUCUUCGCCCGACGUCCCAACUACCGCUGCUGCACCUGACUGCCUGCCCAAUCCCCGACCACGAAAUAAUAAACGUUUCUCCCCGAACUACCUUGCAUCGUCCGAGUCCUGCAUUUGGGUCCUACUCCCGUUCCGAUGGGUUGUGACAGAACGAACUGGCCAAAACAGGACCGAGCAGGAAAGACCCGGCGUCGCCGGGACCGAAGCAAGGUAGACCGUUUGUGGGAGGACCAAGCCUGUCCGAUCCGGGUAGGCUCCUUGACGUCCUCCGCUUCCGUGUCUUACGCUCCCCCACCGAGUCAGUUUGUUCCACUUCCCCGCGUUUCCAGCACCCGAGCGUCUUCGCCCGGUAGGUCCAAGUACACCAAUCCGUAUGAGGGAACCCGCUUGGCCAUCUACUCGGGACCUCCGCGUGGCAGCCAGAGAAGAUGCCUUCUCGCGUUCCUGUCCAGGAGGAGGUGGGCGAUGUCGCCGCCACCUUCUCGCGUUCCUGUCCAGGAGGAGGUGGCGAUGUCGCCGCCGCCUUCUUGUGUUCCUGUCCAGGAGGAGAUGGCGGUGUCCCCGCCGCCUUCUCGCGUUCCUGUCCAGGAGGAGGAGGCGAUUCCGCCGCCGCCUUCUCGCGUUCCUGUCCAGGAGGAGGUGGCAAUGUCGCCGCCGCCUUCUUGCGUUCCUGUCCAGGAGUACCAGCAGCGACCGGUCCGUGGCCGUCCCACGCCCUUGUCUCAACAGCGACAGGAGCUGGGGAGUUCUGUGGAGCCACCCCGGAGCUGGAGAGACUUCGGGAUGGCUGUGAUGGUGGCGGUCAUGGCUCUGGUCCUUCUCUCCAUCAUCCUCUUCGCUCCUGAGGGCUCCCAGCCGCUUCAGGACUUGGCCUCGUUGGAGCAGUUGCCUGCCUCGGCCUGGUUCCUGCUUCAGCAUUUGGUUCCUCACAGAGGUCGUCUGCCCAAAUCGCCCCGUGUGGACCCUGGUGCUUGGCGUCCGGGUCGUCCUCCUGACCUGUCCACCCGGACGCCUUGCGUUUGGUGGCCUGGAUGGGGUUUGGGGGAUUACCGACUCCUGCCUGCCCGCUCGCUCACCUGCUCUCUUCGCCCGAUGUCCCAACUACCGCUGCUGCACCUGACUGCCUGCCCGAUCCCCAACCACGAAAUAAUAAACGUUUCUCCCCGAACUACCUUGCAUCGUCUGAGCCCUGCAUUUGGGUCCUACCCCCGUUCCGAUGGGACGUGACAAUCAAUAAACUUUUUGAUGUAGAAAUUUGGGAGGAAUUUGCCCACAAAGUAUUUACCCAAGUAUUUAAUGAACGUAUGAGUAUUGAAAUAUUUGAACAUUUAUGUCUAUAAUUUCUUGAGCUGUAUCUGUAUGUGGGGCCCGCGCAGUAUCCUGGGAGUGCCCGAUCCUGGAAGUAAAGGAGGGUUAGUCCUGCUUAGUGGUUGGAUCAGAGACCAGGUAGCAAUUAGCAUCUAGGUGCUUAGAUUAGGCAGUGGGUUAAUCACCUUCUAUAAAAGUUUAAAGAUUACAGAAAUUGGAAUUGCAGCCUGUGUGUGCCUCAUGUCACUGGCACUGAGCCCACUAAUUUACUGACCUGUAUAUAGUCAGUGACGCAGUUGCUGUUCAACCACAGUCACUGGGUCAGCACGAGCGGUAACAAUGCACACUCAUACAGUAGCUGCUUUUGGCUACAAAGGGGAAGUGACAACUACACAGACUGAGUUACUUGAGCCAAUGUUCAACUUUAAAUAUUUCUUCACCUGUCUCUAUUUAAAAAUGUCCCGCUGCCAAUCGCCAGGCAAGUCCACACUUUGAAGUUUGUGACAGAUAUUAUUGUAUGUUUGCAGUAUUCAGUUGUGCAAUGGGUCAAACCAAAAAUAACAGAUUUUGGGAAUAUGGAUGUAGAGCGCAGUGAACAGGUUUUUGCCCCCUCCCAUCCCUGUUCUUAUUUUUUUGCGUACCUAUCACAUGCAAAGGUUUCAUAUCAUCUAGCCAGUUUUAAUAUCCCUCAGAGACAAUGCAAGGAAACACAAAAUUGAGUUUUCAGUGGACAAUUUCAUUUAUCAAGGCACACACACAAAUAAAAUCAAAAUCUUUCUGACACUCUGUGAAAAAGUAAUUACCCCGAUAACCUAAUUGGUUUUGCCACCCUUGGCAGCAAUAACUAAAAUCAAGCAUUUGCUAUAACUGAUGAGUCUUUUACAUUGCUCUGGAGGAAUUUUGUCCCACUCUUUGUAUAAUUGUUUCAAUGCCACUAUAUUGGCAUGACGGUUUAGAGCAAUGUUUUCCAACCUUUACAGAGUCAAGGCACAUAUUUUACAAUUGAAAAAUCCCACGGCACACCACCAAAAGUAAAUGUCACCAAAAAUGGAUCGAUUAAUUACUGUAUUUCCUGCCAUCUAAUAGAAGAGGAUUUUUUGUUCGGUCUGUCUAUGUGCCUCACUGACAUAAAUAGAUGAAUAAAGAUACAUUAUUUCUUGGAAUAAUUUUUUUUUUUUUUUAGCAAUUACAUAAAAUUGGAUAACUUCCCAUGGCACACCUAAAGAGCCCUCAAGGCACACUAAUGUACCCCAGCACACUGUUUGGGAAUCACUGGUUUAGAGCGUUGGCCUGACAUGUGCUCCUCGUACCUGCGUGGGUUUUCUCCGGACACUCCGAUUACCUCCCACAUCACAUAAACAUGUAUUAACUGGAUUUUUAAAAAUCACCUUAGGUGUGAUUUUGAGUGUGACUGGUUGUCUGUCUGUAUGUGCCCUGCGAUUGGCUGGCAAGUAGUUCAGGGUGUACCCUCCCUCCUGCCCGAUGACAGCUGGGAUUGGCUCCAGCACUCCCGUGACCAUUGUGAGGAUA